UUCCGUUCUACUCAUUAAUUCGGUUCGUGUGAUGUGGACACGCCUCCAGAGGUCAUUUCACCGUCUCUUGUGGAGAUUAAAUAGAAGCAGCUCGAGCUGAGUUCAGAUUUACCUUCACUCUACAGAAGAAAUCAUCAUGAUCAACUGGCGGGCUUUGGACAAUGUGCCGUUGCUGCUGUACAUCCUGGCGGCGAAGACGCUGCUGCUGUGUUUGGCGUUCGCUGGAGCAAAGAUCUAUCAGAGCAGGAAAGCAGACGCUGCUCUGAAACAGCAGAUGGAGAUGAAGAAGAAACUCGCACAGCAAACGCAGGAGCUCAUCGAGAACAAGAAGGACGACUGACAUGACACGGGACUCGUGAGGAGAAAAACAGGAGUGACGUUUGAUUGGCCUGUUGUGGAUUCAGCUGUUGAACUUCUGUCUGCUGUUUACAACAUGGAUUGCUGCACAAGUCUUGUUUUUAUACACAGUUUUUAUUUAUUAUCUCAGACGUUUGUAAAUAAAAAAAUUUUGUAUGUA